AUGACCGAUUUCGAUGCACUCGAAGUCCUGAGCGACGGCCACUUGAGGUUCCUAGCUCUUUCCUGGCCAGAAGAUGGGCGAACGGCGCCCGUGCCAGAAGCGUUGGCGAUACCGGUGCUCAAGAGGCGCAACGAGGGGGGAGGCAUUCUGCUUUGCAUUCCGUGCGGCUUUUUGUCUCUUGUGGCCCUGGACGCCGGCAACACAGCGGAGCCCCUUGCACUUUUGGGCCCAUCCUUUCAGGUGACUUUGCCUCUGGGUGUGUCAGACGAGCAGGGCUUAGAACAGCCCAUCGAUGUGGAGACGCCUGUUCUGAUGGUGGAUUUCGGUGCGGGAAUCCUUGCUUCACUUCGGGAGGUCGGGGAGGAUAUCGUCUCCGAUGCGAUCUUCCCCUUUUCGUUGCACCAGCCAGAGGCCACGCCGCUGAGCGACGAGUUGUUGGCAGCGGCCAGGAGUUGGGUCUCGGAGUCUCCUUUGGAUCGGACGGUGUUCUACUCGGCGCAGGAGGAUGCAAGCCAAGGUCUUCCGCCUGCGCAGCAGGAUCGACCGCCAAAAGGCCGGAAACCGAGCCCCAAGAAGCGUGUCACGACGGCCGAUUUGGCGGCACAGUUGGCUCAACUUUCGUCCAUGCUUCCACUCCUUACAGAGCAGCUCACUUCGGUCAAGGAUCGCCAAGAGGCUUUGGAGAGGCAGGUCAGGGAGGUUCCCACUACAGGCGUUCAGCAGGCUGCAAAGCCGCCCCACCAGCAAACCUUUCUUCCUGCGCAGGGGCCUGGCCUUCCGAUGGCGAAGUAUGCUUCCCUGUUGGGACCCCCUCCUCGGACUCGGCAGGAGGGCAAUCCUGUACAUCCCUUGCCUCCCGCUGUUGGGGGUGUGGGUCUUGCAAGCUUAGGCGAAGUUGCAGGUCAAGACUCUUUUCAAACCGCAAUGCUGCAGCAAUCUCAGGCCUUGUCCAGCCUCGUGACACACCUGCUCUCUCAGCAGGAAGGGGGAGUCGAAGGCCUUGCAUCAUCAGCCUCUUCAAGCUAUGUGGGUUCGAAGGGUGCGGCCAAGAGAGAGAAACUUCAGGCCGCUCUUGCUGCGAGGACAGGAGAGUUCUUCCUUGCCGUGUUGCAGAGUGCCUCUCGCAGGCUCCGGCCUUCAGUGCCCAUUCCUCCUUCUAUCGAAGCCUGCUCGGGUCAGGUCUCGAUGUGCCAAUACUUAGAGAGAUUCGGCGGUUUCGCAGGGCAAAGGGAGAACGGCUACCUCAUGUGGUGUUUAGCGCACGUGAUGGACUGCAUGGUCCAGCGGGACUAUGCAGGGGCAGAAGAACAUCUAGCCUUGACCUUCGCUGCUCUGGAUCAGGCCACAUUGGACGGCAACCGUUGGGACUUCGCCUGGCUAAUCACAUUGCUGGAGGAGCCGCCGGCCCAGCUCUUUCACGGCAGGGGCUCUUCUGUGAACCCGAGGUCCCGAGCGUAUUCUCCUCUGUGCCCCGGCGCUUGGACAACCUGCGCCCUUCAGUACUUGAGGGAGAUAGACCUGAUCGCCACCAGGAGGCUGGAAGCCAUUGGCCGUUCAAAGCCCAGCGCGCCAAAAGAAGCCGACGUGGGCGCCGAGGAUCGCGACGAGCAACGGUCAAAGAAGCCCCCCAAGCUCCCCCGCAAGCCCAAACAGGACGGUGCAAAGUCUGACCGGCCUGCUCCGCCUUCUGGGGGCAUCUUCCCUUUGCCCCUUCCUUUUGCUGGCGUGUUCGCCCGCUUCCCUUUGGGGUGUAGCUCUCGCCUUAGGCGGCGCAUCAUGCACAGGCGCCUCCUGCACAUUGUUUGCAUGGCUUUGAAUUUCCUGCAUUCCAACUUUGUGCCAAUCCCUCCCGCUGCACUCCAGCGGCCUUGCAACGCUGCACAGCGAAGCCUUGUCGCGCGUCUGGGCCGCCUUUUGAAGGCGUUCGGUGCCUCAGUUGGGGAGUUUGUUCUCUCUGAUUCGGGCCGCCGCAAUCCACAAUUGAUUGCACGUCUUUCUGAGCUAACGACAUUUCUUGCAACUUCUGCUGUUGCCACGGGGGACGCCUAUGCUGCUCAGUCAGGCACUGCUGUUCCCAUGCACAACGAUGCCUUUCAAGGUUUGGACCCCUUUAGGUCACUGGAUGUUUCCAGGUUGCAGCUCUCAGGCCGUGGCCUUUGGAAUCCACUGCCCUAUCUGCCACCGGAGCUCUACAUGGCUUUCGCCGAGCCGGCGUCCCUACUUCAUUUCAACCCUCCGCCAGACGACUUCAUGCCUGUGUGGACACGUGAGAAUCCCCAAGAGGUAGCUGCCCUUGCUUCACUUUGGGAUAAGUUGGGUUUGCUUAGGCUGGCGCCUGCUCGGCUGUCCAUGUCGGAGAGCUUCUUGCUUGCUCGUGCGUUCAACUGCUACAAAGGGCCGGAUCGAGAUAGAAUGAUCAUUGACCGGAGGGGUCGCAACUAUGCCGAAUGCAGGCUCGCAGGGCCCAGCAUGUUUAUACCAGUUGGGCCAAUGCUUGGCAUGCUCGAGGUCGACCCCGGCCGUCAAUCAGUGUAUUGUGCUGCUGCUGACCGUCGCGACUUUUACCAUCAGCUCAAGGCUCCAGAUCGCAAGUCCGUGACCAAUGUGCUGGGACCUGCCCUCCCUCGGCGUGCGGUUGAGCAUCUUCAGGCUUUUGGCCGACUUCUUCCCUGUGGGCUUUCUGCCACAAAUCCUAGUGCUUUGCAGUCGCCGAGGUCUCUUCUCUUUGAGCCCGACCACUACCUGGUCUGCUUUGCAGCUGUUGCUCAGGGCGAUCACUUAGGUGUUGAAGUGGGGACUGCAGCGCACUCCGCUUUGCUUGAAUCUGGAGGGCUCCUUGCUGAUGAACGGCGAUUGUGCUCGAAUCGACCCUUUAAAGGCACCACCUGUGCAGAAGGUUUAGUCAUAGACGACUAUUUUUCGGUUUGUGUCAAGGACCUCCGUGAUCCGGCGCCCCCAGAGUGCCUGCGUCACCUCUCGCGUGCUAAAAGCAUCUAUGCGCACGAGUCUCUUGAAGGCUCGGACAGCAAGGACAUCGUUGGCGCUUGUUUUGCGAAGAUUGCGGGAGCAGAAAUCAAUUCGUCAGAGCACGCCCGCCGUCUUGGCACUGUCACCGUUGCUUCUCCCGCUGCUAAACGAGUUGCCCUUGCUGCCGUUUCGGUUGAGGCUGCCCGGUUUGGCUUGGUGACGGAUGCUCUGUGGUUGUCUCUUGUCGGCAGCUGGACUUCUUGCGCCCUUUUCCGCCGGCCGUUGAUGGCUAUCUUCUCUGCUGUGUAUGGGGUCGCAAGCACAGGCUCCUCCAAACCGAGCCGUCCGACUCUUUGCGUGUUGCCCCGGCAGGCCGCCCAGGAGCUUGUCCUCGCCAGCGUUCUGUGCCCUCUGGCUUCGGUUGAUUUGACUUCCCUCUUUGACCCCUGCAUAUAUGCGACCGAUGCUUCGGAGGCCAAGGGAGGCUAUGUGACCGCACAUGUAGGGACCGAUCUUGUUCGUCCGUUGUGGAGGACUGCUUCGAAGCGUGGAGGCUACAGCAGGCUGCUUUCUAAGGAGGAGGCAAUCCUUGUUCGGCUGGACGACCGUGAGCCCAUUGAUCUUCGCAUGCUGGCGCCUGCAACCUGUCCUUCGCCAUCUCGGCCAUUGGCUUACCACUUCGAUUUCGUCGAGGUUGGAGUACGGGGCGGCUCUGUCUCUGAGCUCUUGCGGUCGAUGGGCCGUUCUGUUGGGCCUGUUCUUGAUUUUCGGGUCAGCGUCGCCUAUGACAUCAUGAACAGCCGGACUUUUGAGUGGAUUCUUCACCUUCUACAGCACCGAAAGCUUAAGAGUCUACUGCUGUCUCCACCGGCUGCUGCUUUCUCCCCACGAAAGAGUCGGUGCUCUCCAAACCCAGGCUUUUCUCGGCCAUCCUCUGCGCGUGAGGUUCGCGCGACUCGCGUGUUACGGCGGCAUCUGGCGCUUCUCUCUUCUGCAGUGCAAUGCGGCGUUCCUUCUGUGAUCGUGCGUCCUGACUCGCCAGGUUUCGUUACCGGGCCUGAGUGGCAUCUGCUGUUGCGUUUCGGGGCCCGAUUCGUGGGCACUUGUGCCUGUGCCUUUCAAGGUCUGUGCUGCAAGGGCUGGAAGUUCCUUGUUUUUGGCCUCGACCUUACACCGCUCUCGGUGCCUUGCUGCCGCGGAGGCCUUUGUGUGCAGUCCGGCCCCCGGCAACAUCCCGAUGAUGCUUUUCUCCCUCCUCUUCUUGUCAAGGCUCUUGCUUGUGAGUUUGAUCGAGCCCUGCGUCGGGUGUCACAUGUUCGCUCCCUUCAGGCUUUGAAGCCUGAAGGGCUUGAGAAUCCCGUGUUGAAUGAUGUUGUGUUGUCAGUUCGAUGGCUUAGCGGUGACGAUUGGUGUUGGCGGGCCACAGCCCACAUCAAUAUCCUUGAGACUGCUGCCAUUCACCGCCUUAUCAAGGCUCUUGCGGUGCGAGGCCUGACGCCGAUCCUCCGCAAGAUCGCUGCCCUUUGCCUUCUUUCUGGACUCCUGCCAGCAUUUCACUACGUCCACCUCCUUCCUUUCGGCCCUCCUUGGGCUGGCGUGCAUACCACGUUGCAAGCCGUGGUUUCGUCCACUGUUGUGUUGGCAGAGGGGCGUCCUGUUGAACCUGUGACCCAGAAGCGCCGUGACAAGCUCCUGGCUGCCUUCACCGAGUGGCUUCUACGCCAGAACGUCGUCUUCGAGAGCCUCUUUGACCUGGCGCCACAGAGCACGAGACGCUUGAACGGCUUCUUGAUUUCUUACGGUAGGCAGCUUUUCGAGGCAGGCUGGCCGUACAGUCACUACUCCGAAGUCAUAAAUGCUGUAGCGUCGAAGGAACCUGCCAUCAGGAGGAGUUUGCAACCUGCGUGGGAUCUUGCUUUUUCCUGGCUGCGUGAAGAACCUCAUUCUCACCAUGUUGCUUUGCCAUGGCAGGUUUUGCUUGCGGCGAUUACGACGUCGCUCAUGUGGGGCUGGGUCAGGGUAGCUGGCUGUUUGGCUUUAACUUGGGGCGCUGUGAUGCGCGCUGGUGAGACGCUGGCUGCAAGGAGGUGCGACCUGCUCCUCCCCGGAGACGUUUGGGGGACCAUGCAGUGCUGCAUGGUUUCGAUUCGCGAGCCUAAGACCAGGUUUAAGGCUGCGAGACACCAGGCUGCCAAGUUGGACCAGCCCGACCUCCUGGACGUCGUCACUUUGGCUUUUGCUGACCUGGAGCCUGGAUCAAAGCUCUGGCCGUUUUCAGCUUCGACUCUUAGGAGCCGUUUUGAUCAGCUCAUGCAGCGGCUUGGCACUGACCGUUGGGCUGAUCAAGGUAGCAAACGCCUUGAUUUGGGGUCGUUACGUGCAGGCGGUGCAACCUGGCUGCUUCAGGCCUCGGAAGACUCAGAGCUAGUGAGACGCCGCGGCAGGUGGCUGAAUGCCCGCACCAUGGAGAUAUACGUGCAGGAGAUUUCUUCACUACAGUUUGUGCAUAGGCUGUCUGAGCAGGCCAGGCUCAAGGUCUUUGCUUCAGUUGACAACUUCAAGCUGGUGCUGCUCGUGGCCGAGCGGCUUCAGAAAGCACGGACUCCGACCAGGUUUUGGUUUUCUCACUUUGCCGGCGGUGUGAACGUGAAGGAUGCCGAUCUCAAGGCGACCCACCCUACCACUCCCGCCGCCGGCAAAGCCGAAGGUGGCUUCGCUAAUGGGACAACUGCAGACGCAGGCUUUGAGAUGUUGGGGUGGGACCGCUCCGACGACCAACUUGGCGAUGAGAGCCCCGAGGAGGAUGUGUCGAGCCUAGCGCCUUGGAAACGCCGGCGUUUGGAGAGCGAUGAGGAGACCAGAGACUUGGGGUACAGCACCGUGGGGGCGGAUUUCGAUCGCUGGCCUGUGCUGGACAUGGAGGUGGAGGACGUGUUUGUUGGAAGAAGUGAGUUGGAGGACCUGACCUGGAGGUCGAUGGGUUUUGGAGCUUUUUUCGACGGAAACUCCAUCCUGCUGAAGAAGCGCCAGAACGAAUACAUCUUUCUUGGCAAGGACAUAUUCGCUUUCAGCUCGCGGGCUGAGAUUCAGAAGUUCGCGGCUCCCGUGGGGAACAGCUCGGUGCCGUAUAGCUAUGCGGUGGACGAGGAUGGUCGACACUACUUGUUUACGGAAAUGGUGAUUCUUGAGAAGGUUCAUGACACGAAGCCCAACCCGCGCGACAUCCUGGGGCCUUUCAACCCCUACUGGUACCUCUAUGAAGACUUGGCCUACGACAAGUGCAAGUUCCAGCUGAGAUACUGCGGGAUCACCUUAAAGUGGACGCACCCCAAGCAGAUGACCUUUCUGAAGCUGAGAAAGCAGCAGGUGAUGAAGUAUGAGAAGCUGGUGAAUGGCAAAGCGCAGCAGGUCUCAGAGGAGAAGUUCCAGAGGCUUGUGGCCAAAUGGUUCAAGGCGCAUGGCAUCUCCGAGCUGGAGGGUGAAACCCUCCCCGUCGACAGACAAAAUUGA